GACAGACAGACAGAAAGACAGACAGCGAGCAUCUCUUCUUUUCUCUCGCAUCAGCAUCACGGGGUUUAAUCGCUCUUUCUCCAUCACCGAGGCGUAGGAGGCGUCUGUCAAACCUGUGGAGCGUCUGUCUGUCUCUUUCUGUCUGUGUCCGUCUGUCUGUUCGAAAGACACUACACAGUUGUAGUUUUGGAGACAAUAAAACGGGUUUACUGCUCUUUGGGGGGGAAUCUCCGCUGUCAUCCCGGAAGAUUUAUCGCAUUCUCGCCGUAAAGGAAGUUGAAGCGAACAGCUGUGUGUGCGUGUUAAUUUGGGAGCCAAUCAAGCAGCCAUGGACGCGUUCAUGAAGGGUUUCUCUAAAGCCAGGGAUGGGGUCGUGGCGGCGGCGGAGAAAACCAAGCAGGGAGUGACUGGAGCAGCUGAGAUGACGAAAGAUGGGGUUAUGUUUGUCGGUUCCAAAACAAAGGAUGGAGUCACAACAGCUGUGUCUGGAGUGUCUCAUGUGGGUGGAGCCAUGGUUACCGGGGUUACCGCUGUGGCCCACAAAACUGUGGAGGGUGCAGGGAACAUUGCCGCUGCCACUGGAUUGGUCAAGAAGGAUCCUACCAAACAAGGGGAUGAAGCCUCAGCAGUACAGGACAUGGCAGAGUCACCGGUUGACACCGACCCUGCUGAUGCUACAGAGGACGACACCGAUGACAACUGAUUUAGAGCGUCACAAUCAAAGAUCAAUGAUCAAUGAUCAAUGACCGAAACAUUCCAUGUCGCUCUGCCAAGUCCCGUUGUGCCUCGUUUUGGUCCUUUAUGGAGUCUCUGCUCAACGUCUGUGUGUGUGUGUGUGUGUGUUUCUGUUUGUGUUGUUACGUAUGUCUGUACAGUAUAUGUGUAAAUGUUGUAGAGAAAGAGGGUUGAUGUUGUGUGAGUGCGUGAGUGAGUGAGUGUGUGUGUGUGUGUGUGUGUGUGUCUAUAUGUACUUUUUCUGUCAACUGUGUGACUAUGUCAAUAACUCAAACAUGGAAAUAUACCACUUCAAGCACCUAAGUGUCUCUAUAUAAAUGAACAAUUUACAGUGAUCUGUUUGAAAUGGAAUCGUAAUGAUAUUCUCUAUUUUUGUCUGUAUACUGUCACUGUUUUUUGCGGUGGACUAUAAAGUGCUGAGCUAGUUGUGCAUUCAUAUUGUAUUUUUUAUGUUAUCACUGCUGUAACAAAUAUGUCAUAUUGAAUGGACUUUUGAAAUCCAAGAGCAUGUAAAACUACUCAGCUUAACUGCUGUGAUAUGAAUUUAUUUGGAGUUCAGUGUUAAAUAAAGUGUUUAAAAAAGUGUU